CUCCAUUGCCAAUAGCUUCUUCUCCCCCCCACCUCCACCUCCACCUCCUCCUCCUCACCCUCCUCGAUCCCAAAUCCCCAAAAGACUUCGCCUUUUCUCCUCUCGCGUCCUCCUGGAAUCCGAAUUGCCUUAAUCUCUGCGCUCCCGUGCAAAUUUGGCCUCUUGGGUUUGAUCCCCCGACUUGCUCCAUUGUUCUUACCUCCCGCUUUGCGCUGCUCCUUGAGUCUGGAGGAGUCGGAGAGCUCCCGCUGUUCUUGAUUUCUUGAUCCAAUUCCUGUGAGCUCGCGCCGCGAGAUUCGGUUCUGAGCCUCCACGUGGUGGUCUCGGUCCGGGAUUGCAAAGCCCGCCUUCGGGAUUUUGCUAUCGGUGACCUAAUUCGGCGGCCAUUCUGGUUUGGUGAUGGAGCAGGAGAAGCAGCAGCAGCAGCCGCCGCAACAUCAGCUCACGCCGGUUGUUCCAGCUGAUUUGAAGGCGCCGGCGGUGGCGCCGCCGCCGCAGCAGAAACCAGCGGCGACGGCAACGGCGAUGCCAGUGCCGGUGCCAAGGCCGUGGCCGGUGGUCUUCACCCCGAAGAACCCUGCUGCGGAAGUAAAAAAUGUUACUCCAAAGAAAAGGAAGCACUGUAACUGCAAAAAUUCACGAUGUUUGAAGCUGUACUGCGAGUGUUUUGCAGCACGUGUAAAUUGUGAUGGCUGUAACUGUUCAAAUUGCGGAAACACCACCGAGAAUGAAAAAGUCAGGAACAGAGCUAUUGAAGCAACUCUCCUCCGUAAUCCACUUGCUUUUCAGCCUAAGAUUGAGAAUGGCCCAAAUACAGUCAGUGCUCGAAAGGAUAAUUCUGGAGCAGUACCUGUUCGACCAAAGCACAAUAAAGGCUGUCAUUGCAAGAAGUCAGGAUGCCUAAAGAAGUACUGUGAGUGCUUUCAAGCAAAUAUCCUUUGCUCCAAGAACUGUAGAUGUAUGGAUUGUAAAAACUUUGAAGGAAAUGAAGAGCGCCGAGCUUUAGUUCAAGGGGAUAAUACAUCUGAUAGAAAUAACAUUCUACAAGUAACUAACACAGCUGUGAAUGGUGCCAUUGGAUCCUCAGAAUACCAAUGUUCUCCAGGGCAUAGAAAAAUAUCUCCAGAAGAUUCAGUAUCCGAAGCGCAAUUUCAACAGGUGAAUCUUUCAGGCGUUUCGCAACUUACACCUUCUUGCACAGGAUUUGGAGGGCAUAACAGUGGUUAUUCCCAAAGUAAUUCAUCUACUAUGAUUUAUAGGUCUCCACUAGCAAACACUAUCAAUCUUGCUGAUGUCAAUGAUCUAAUCAAGCAUGUGGUGACUGCAUGCACAAAUGCAGCAGAAGUAUUCCCAACAAUAGCUGACAAUAAAGUGGACGAGAAGGAAGUGGGGAAGGACUUCCGCACAAGUAAUGGCUUACCAAAUGGUAAGAGCGAGAUGCAAAACUCGAAGGAAGCCUCUCCAGUGGAUAGCCACAGCAAAGCCUGUACAGAUCAGCAGAAUGGCAAUGAAUUCAAGUCCCAUUUCUCUGAUGAUUCUAGAGAUUCUGGGCCUGCAUCUCCAGGAACGCAAGCACUAAUGUGUGAUGAGCAGGAUACCACAUUUGGAAAUGAUACUUAUAGAAGUUCAUUUAUGGAAACUUCGUGUGAUCAGGAUAUUUCGGAGAUAAAUGCUGUCCAAGAAAGCAUAAUUUUGACAGGGUUUCGAGACUAUCUCCGUGUGCUUAUCACGCGUGGAAAGAUAAAUGAAGCUAAAUUCUCAUCAGAGGCAGCCAUGGAACUCGAUGUCCGGAGGCAUCACGGAGCAACACCUGUUCAGCCCCCUGUAAUAAAGGCCGAAGAAAAUGGCCCUAGGAACAUUCAACUGCCCGUACCAGAUGACGAGCCGAAAGGAGAGAGCGCAAGCUAAGACUGGAGUACAAACUUUAGCUGUUGGCCGCCAUGUUUUAGAUAGAUGAUCACCUCUGUGCAUAGAUGGAUAAAGAGAUAGAUAGUAAUAGUCCCUGUCGCCGUUUUCGGUGACCGGUGUUGUAACAGCAAUCAUUCAUGAGGUGUACCCAGUGACGAUUCUUCCGCUACUCACGCGGUUCAUAGUUUUAUCAACUGUAUGCUGUGCUGUCUUGAGUAGCCUGUCUGUCCCGGAUGUUGUAAAAAUGCUGAUGCUCAUUUGUUCUAGUAUCCGUAAUAAUCUUGAGAAUUUGUAUUGU